AUGUCGACGCUCACCCAGCGUUCAGCUGCGGGGCCCAGCGAUAGCAAAGCCACUUCCCCACUGGACGUCCUGGACGAGACACCAGGAGCAGACGGCGCACCUAUCGAUGAAGCGGGUGAGCAUAUCGUGUAUGUUGUUAGGUGCUGCGUGCUGCGUGCGCUGGCGCUGACCGCAUCUUCUGCUCCAUUGGUCGCCUUUGAAGAACAAAAGCACAUCAUCUCUGCCCUGAAGGAGCAAAACGAUAGGAAUCACAAGACUGCUAGAGGCGGCCUACUUGCUCUGAUCGGAGGAGUUGCUUUCCUGUGCGUAUCCAUGGGCAGAAAGGGGAUGCCUGUGUGCCCUCUCGUCGGCCCUUUUCGCUUGCCUUUCAGUGCCUGCGUCGUCACGCUUUGGCUUACAAUGUUGGCGGUGUGCCACUCCACCAGCAGGUACAUCACACCACUACCAGCAUACUUGACCAACACCCAUCCGGACACGCAUGUUCACCUACUCUUCGUACAUCACAGCCAAGAAACGGCAGAGCAUCACGAAUUGACUCGCCUACCUGUCGCGCCCAUCUACAUUCUCUUCCUUCUAAGCAUGGGCACACUGUUGUACGCAACAGGCAAAGAGGUAGCUGACAGGAUGGGAAUCCUACCUCGACCACCUGGCGUACCAUUUCCAGCCCCGCAGCCACAUCUUUUUGGAACAGCACCUGGAUGGCUCGUCAAGUCUCUGACAGACCUGCGUUGGCAUCCUUCCAACUCUGGUCAACCUCGAUCUGUCAGAGCAGACCUGCCUGCGAAUCAAGGAGGAGAAACACCGCCAAACUUUUUGACCAAGAUGAAUCCUAGAAAUCUGUACGUCUUUAUGAUUUGGCUGGCCAGUUGGCCUUUGCCUCUCAUGACUUUUGGAGCUGGUGCUUUUGAAAGCUCGGCCUGGUGGGCUCUUACGCCUGCUGUCAUUGGCAUCGUCUUGGCGGUCGAGGGCAUCAUAUACCGAGCGGAAAGAGAUUUGAAGGGGCUGGAUGGCAUGAGAUAUGGGUACAAGGGCGCUUAG